CUGACGGAGAAAAGAUUACCAUGAGUCUUCUGAAUAAAGUAGCUAUUGUCACCGGCAGCAGCUCUGGUAUAGGAGCUGCUAUAGCCAUUAAGUUUUCUGAAGAAGGAGCCAAAGUCACAAUUGUGGGAAGAAACAAAGAGAAGCUAAACAACGUCGCCAAGAAACUAGGGGACCAUCUGGUGCUAACUGCUGAUGUCACCAAAGAAGAAGAUGCUCAAAGAAUUAUAAAUGAAACCGUGAAAAAGUUUGGACAACUUGACAUUCUAGUGAACAAUGCUGGCAUAGCAACAAUAGCAAAAUUCGAAGACGAUAAUCUCAUGACAGUGUUUGAUGAUAUAAUGAAGUUGAACAUUCGCUCCGUGGUAUACUUGUCCCACAUCGCAAGGCCUCACCUUGUGAAGACAAAGGGUAACAUCGUGAACGUCUCAGGUGUUGCUGGAAUAAAACCAUUUGCAAAUGGCUUUACAUCUCUCGCCGUAUCGAAGGCUGCACUUGAUCAUUUCACCAGAUCUGUAGCUCUCGAACUUGCUCCAAAUGGCAUUCGUGUAAAUGCUGUAAGUCCUGGACCAGUGUAUUCUGAUAUUUUUGAAAAUAUGGGGGUGAACAAGGAAGAUGAAAGUGGAUUUUAUGAAAGCAUGAGACAGUCGACUGCUUUGAAAAGGAUAUCUGAUCCUGAAGAAGUAGCACAUCUUGUGACGUUCUUAGCUAGUGACAAGGCUAAGGCUAUUACAGGUACAAUUUCUGUAUGUGAUAAUGGUUUAUUGCUAUCUUAGAAUUAUAGAUUUUGAAUAUCUUUACUAUUAUUUGACACGACUGCUUAUGAAAUUAUUUUUU